GGAAAACAACAGACAGAGGUCUCACUCAUGCCCAGGUUGAGGCACCGAGAAACGCCAAGUGGCGGCUACCGUGCGUGCGACUACGCUUUCCCCCUCCCACGAUGAGUCAUCUUGCGAGGAACAGACGAUCUUUGCAGACCGCCUGGCUCCAGAGGUUUCUUCAAGGAAGCAGAGCUCGCAUACGUCUCCAUCCCCGGCUCCAGGCGUGGCUUUCAGAUGGGUGUGGUUGCUUGUGCUGAGAAGUUUUCCUGCUCCAGUGAGUCGACUGAACAAUGGGCCUCCUGCAGCUGCUGAAAUCCCAGUUCUUGUGCCACCUGAUCAUCUGCUAUGUGUUCCUGGCCAGCGGCAUCAUUGUCAACCUGUUGCAGAUCUGCACUUUACCUCUGUGGUUUGUCAAUAAGCAGUUGUUCCGCAGGAUCAACAUCAGACUGGGCUAUUGCAUCAGCAGCCAGUUGGUAGCUGCCCUGGAGUGGUGGUCAGGGACAGAAUGCAUGCUCUACACUGACCCAAAGAGUUUGCCGCUCUAUGGAAAAGAGAACGCCAUUGUGCUUCUCAAUCACACAUAUGAGAUCGACUUCCUGUGUGGCUGGACCUUCUGUGACAGAUUUGGAGUUCUUGGGAGCUCAAAAGUCUUAGCCAAGAAAGAGUUGAGUUAUGUACCUGUUAUUGGCUGGAUGUGGUACUUCCUGGAGAUAGUUUUCUGCAAGAGGAAGUGGGAGGAGGACCGAAGGACAGUGGCUCAGAGUCUUCAGAACCUGCGGGAUUACCCAGAAAACUUUUGGUUCUUGCUUUUUUGUGAAGGAACACGCUUCACACCAAAGAAACACGAGAUCAGCAUGCAGGUGGCAGAAAGCAAAGGUUUACCAAAACUGAAGUAUCACCUUCUGCCCAGGACCAAAGGCUUCUGGGUAACUGUCCAAAACCUCAGAGGGACUGCUGCAGCUGUUUAUGACUCCACACUGAACUUCAGAAACAAUGAACUGCCAACCUUGCUCGGAGUUCUUAAUGGGAAGAAAUAUCAUGCAGAUUUAUAUGUGAGGAGGAUCCCUCUGGAGUCGAUCCCAGAGGACGAGGCAGAGUGUGCUGCCUGGCUACACAAACUCUACCAGGAAAAGGAUAGCUUUCAGGAGCACUACACACAAACAGGGCGUUUCCCCGGCCCCCUGGUGAGUCCCCCAAGCCAUCCCUGGGCUUUGAUCAACUGGCUUUUCUGGGCCUGCUUGCUCGUCUACCCGCUUGGCCUGCUCCUCACUCAACUGAUCAGCACUGGAUCGAUAUUGACCAUCUUAGCUUCUGUGGCGCUCUGCUCCGCAGCUUCACUGGGAGUUCGCUGGAUGAUUGGCCAGACUGAGAUCAACAGAGGCUCAAGCUACGGGAAUAAGGAGUUCCAUUUAAACAACAACUAAAGACUCCUGACUUGCUCAGAGCUGCUAGUUUGCACCGCUUCAUGUCUGCAGGCUGCCAGCAACAAAAUAUGUAAACACUGGUCUGACAGGAGCUGUUCGACUAGUGCAAACCCGCUCCAGAGCACAAUGCAGACAGCAGAGUCUCGUUGUGCCGCUGUGCUGCAGAAGCUCCAGAUCAUUGAACAGGAUUGUGGUGGGCAGCUGCCUUUGGUAAACUCAUGAUAAGAAAGUGAAGCAAGAUAAAAAUAAAAAAUAGCUUUAUUACAUUCUCCUUAAAUCAAAGUGCAAAUAUUUGAAUGCAGACAAGGUGAGCAUUUUCACUGGUAACUCAAACUGGAAUUACAAUUCAACCAAGUGUAAAAUGGACUACCUCUGUGAUUGUUAUGUAAAUUGGAAUUUCAUGUUGGAAGAAAAUACACAUUUCACUUUUUUUAAAAAAAGCACACUGGUUUAUUUUUUGUAUGUUGCAAACAGUGGCAGGGAAGUAGAAGUGGUGGUGUGUGUCUGUGUUUACUCUUCAGCAAAGGCAGAGACAGAAUACAUCACAGAAUCUCACACUUGCCCGUUGACAAGUGUUGAAUUGUGUGUUAUGAGUAUUAAGAUUUAUGGAAAGCAGGAAUGCUUUAAAAUAGACAGUAGCUCAUCUUGAUUUCUACAUCAUUUUACAUUCCUGUACCCAUGCCUGCCUCUGCAAGUUGAGAUAAAAAUAAGGAGAGUCAUUGCCCAAACUACAGGUCACUUCCGUGUUAGUUUGACAUAAAUAGAUAUACUGAACUGUUGCAUAACAAAAACACUCCACAACUGAUCUGCAAUGCAUCUCUUUAUGAUUUUAUGACAGAGAAACAAUUACUUGGAUAGUAAGCUGGUAUUUCAGUCAGUCUCCUCUGCCUAUGAUUAUGUUUACGUGGACACGAAUAACCCGUUUAUGAUCAAGUUUUUGGGGUAUAAUGUUAAUAUGUAAACAGCAUAUUGCGAUCAUGAAAAAACUGAUUAUGCUAUAUAUGCAGAAUGUGAAUAACAUGAUUUCUCUGUGCUCACUCAAUCGCCAUGUCCUGAAUAUGAUCAUAACCACGAUAAGCCUCAUAAAAUGGGUUAUUAACGUCAAUGUAAUCGCAGUCAGUCAUUGGAGACUCCAGUCAUACAUGCAGCAUAAAAAAAAGCAUAUAGAUAUCCUUGCAUUUUGUUGUUGGUUUAGCGAGCACUCUGUGAAACAGAAAAUAUUCAGGACCUUUUUAUGAAGCUAGAAAGAAAUGGUAGAAAUAAUAAUAAUAAUAAUAAUAACCGUACGAGAGACUUUGAAGCAGCUACAUAUCGCACUUGUUCUUGUUUUAAUGUAAACCCUGAGUCUUAAUCCUGUUGCUUUUAACUAGUAUGUAUCUUAUUUGUUUUGUUGUGUGAGUUGGUGUUGUUUGUCUUUGAUUGUUGCAAUAUUUCUUAGACUGCUGUCUUGGCCAGGCUUCCCUUGAAAAAGAGGUCAUUGUAUCUCAUCAGGACCGACCUGGUUAAAUAAAGGCUAAAUAAAAAAAUAAAAUGAAAUAACACAACGGUGGGAUUUAUCAAAGGGUAACUUUGGUAUUUUUCAACUGAGACAUUAUCUGAUCAUGUUUUAGUGUCUGAGUGAUUAAUGGGAACCAUAAUGUUUGAAAUUGGUCCAGUGUUGAGAAAAACUGCUGCACAACCCGUGAAACAGGCUGCAAUGUAAUCACUCUGGGCUAAAGCACACUGUCAGUGUAUGUUCACUAAAUGUAAUUGGUUUGUUGUCAGAA